AUGCUUGGCCUUUUACCAGCUUGUGUUGCGGUUAUAGCUUUUGCGGGCCAUGUGCAGUGUAGUUCCGACUUCAUUACACCCGAAUUAUCGAGUGCACCGUGGUCCGAGAAUCAAGUUUAUGAAGUUGACGACGAAUUUGAAAUCAAAUGGAAGACCGAUCAUAAAGGCUGCAAUCUCUUCCUAUGGCAGGACUAUCCGAAAUUGGCGGUAGAAUGGUACAGCAAAUUGCUAGAAAACACAACAGAGACUUCGCACGCUUGGAACGCAAGUUCGAGCGGUUUCUCUCAAGAAUCUGAAGACACUGUCUUUCACUUUGCUCUAUACUCAUCGGACAAGGAUAUCCCGCUCGCAAAUUCCGGAUCCUUCAAUAUCUCAGGAACAAAUUCUUCAAAGCUCAAAGCAACAUCUGUAUCAAAUUCAAUACCAGCUUCGACAUUGUCUCAAGCACCAGAAACCUCGACGGGUUCACCGGAGACAACACAUCACUCAGCAACAAAGUCCGAAAAUGACCCAGGAUUAUCGACGGCAGCAUUGGUUGGAAUUUCAGUUGGCGUCACAGUAGCGGGGCUUUUAAUUUCUGGGGGCGUAGGCUUGUGUCUAUGGAGACGCUUCACGCGUAAACGGACGACGGAGCGAGUGGAUAGCACCGAGACAUCCGAUUUUACAAAGGCUGAGCUGGGCAAUGCGCAGAUAUUACAAAUAGGAAGUUCAGAGCUUGAUAGCACGAGGGAUGCAGCUGAGCUUUGGGAUACGCAAAAGCCGGGAGAGCUAGGAGAUGAGAACAAGAUACGGACGAUAUACGGACUUCAUGAGGCGCCGUAG